UCAAAAGUUUGUCAAGUUUAAAUUAAAAAAAAGGUAAUAAAUGGAAAUACACAGCAAUGGUGCAACACCACUCGAAAACAAGAAAAUAGUGUUUCUACACGAAAAAUUGACCAAGAGAAGAUCCGAUCGAUAUAUAGUAAACAUCGCUUUGGCUUUCCAGAAAAUCGGCUACGAUGUCGACAUCUACACAACGUUUUUCGAUCCGUACGAUUGCAUCGAAGACAUUCCAUUUUUAGAUAAGCUAAGAAUUGUAAAAGUCGCAUCAUGGGUACCACGCAGCAUUUUCGGCAUGUUUCGACAAAAACUGCUAGCCCUGAAGGCAAUCAUAAUGGCCAUAAGGCUCAUAUUCCUUCCGAGGAGAGAACGGCCGCAAAUGGUGAUCACAGACGUCAGCAUGGUCGCGCUGUAUCUCCUCAACAUGUUCACUCCGUACAGACUAUGUUUCGUCGAAACCUUUCUAUCAAUGAAAGUUGCCGAUGCUUGCUAUGAGCACUCGCGAAUCAUACCGAGUUUAAUGGAGAUCAAAUGGAUCAAAAUGGCGCACGAAGUCGUAGUGGAAACCAUAGGUUUCGCGGAAAUACUCAAGAAGAGUUAUCCGGGGUUGAAUCACAGUCCUAAGAUACUCUAUCAUUCGAUGGAUAUAGGUCUGUGGGAUGAACCCGGCAUAAACAUACAAAGGAUUAUACCUGAUUUAUUGGAGAAUACCAUAGUCUUCCUGACUAUCGGGAAAUUUAGAAGAUCGUCAAACUUCAAGUUGAGUCUGGAGUCGUUCGAGAGACUUUUGGAGCUCAUCGGGGAUAAAUCCGUGACCAGAAGAUUUCAGCUGGUAAUAGCAGGAAACUGCAAAUCCUUGGAGGAAAAGUUCUAUUACAACGAAUUAACCAGCGAAGCUAGAGACAAAUCCUGCGCAUCUCAGAUAACGUUCCUAAAGCAGCUACCGAUAAUCCACGAGAAAACGUUGAUUCUAGAAUCGGCCAUCAUGAUCCACCCGGCGAAAAACGAUGUCUACUCCGAUUUUAUACUCAAAGCGAUGAGUCUGGGGAAGCCGAUUGUGGCCACAAACAGAGGCAUAGCCUCCAAACUGCUAACGCAUAGAGUUUCCGGGGUUAUAAUGGAACCAGAAGCAAAAACAUUCGCGAUCGCAAUGAAGAAGUUGAUGCUCAGCCCACACCUGCAGAUAUUUUUGGGAGACAUGGCCAAAGACACCUUUCAGAAUUGCUACUCUUUCGACGUGUUAUGCGAAAAAGUCAGGAAUAUUAUGACCAAGUAUGAUAUCGAGGUGGAGGAAGAAUCGCAAAUUACCACCACAGCUAAAGCUUUGUACGCAGUCUCCGAAAACAAGAACAAAUAGGUGUGAUAGAUCUGAAUAAAUUUGUUGUGUAUUUACCUUGCAGUUUCUCCUGGCUAUCAUCCUUUCUGAUU